AUGGAUCAUGUAAUAUCAAACGCCAAUACAGUUUAUGGGUUGGACCAUGUGACAAAUAUCAUGAAAUUUCAUAGCACAUACCUCGAGACUUUUCUGAGUCUUCAAGAAUUUAUAAUUUAUGGAGAAGGUCCAUUGCCUAUUCAAUAUCGGCACUAUAUCGCAAUUAUGGCAGCUGGUCGACACAAGUGCACUUAUAUAAUAAAUUUUCAUAAAAAACAAUUUUUGGAACAUAAUGGUGACCCUAGUUGGUUGAUUGGUCUCACACAUGUGCCUCGUAAACUUCGUAAUUUAUAUGAAAUCAACAAGAUUUUAGCACAUCGACCUUGGCUAGUAACAAAAGAAGAUAUCAAAAAAGUCGUCAAAGGUCCAAACUCGUGGUCAAUGUCAGAUUUAGGACAUGCCAUCAUACUACUUGUUCAUUUUCAUAGUUUGUGUAGUUUUGUGUAUGCUUGCAACUUAAAUGAUGAAAUACCACGAGCUGUAAAAGUGACUGGUGUUUAUUUUAGACGUAGAAGCAAACCAUGUUUAAGAGGCUAUGCUGACGAAAGUGUUAUAUCUGAUGACGAAGGUCUUGAGCCCAUUGUAGAACGAAUGAAAAAACUAAGUGAGCCAGCUACAGAACAAGAACGUAUACAGCGAUAUGAACUAGUUCAGAGCCAAUUGUGUGAUAGUGAUACUUCUGCUGAUAAUGGUUUGGAUCCAGAUGUAAAGCCUUUUAUUGAAGAUUCUGGAUAUUCUUACUUAGAUUGCUCACGUCGACAAUUUGCUCAACAAUCUUCAUUUAUUUUGCAGGAAUUUUCUUGGGAUCAUCAUGGUUAUUCGUUAAUUAACCGUUUAUUUAAUGACAUUGGAUUAUUAUUGGAUAAAAAGUUCAAGACUGCUUACAACAUGACAUACUAUACAAUGGGUGGUCGCCCUCACAUUGAUACUUCACGAUUCCGUAGAGCAAUUUGGAAUUAUAUUUAUUGUAUUUACGGAAUGAGAAAUGAUGAUUAUGAUUAUGAAGAUGUUACACAGUUGCUUCAAAGUCAAUUGAGAGUAUUUGUCAAGACUGCUACUUGUUACCCAGAACGUUUGAACAAAACAACCACCGAAAAUGCACUGAAACAUUUUGAUUUAAGUGAAAAGAUUCACAUAAAUUUAAUGAUUAUGGAAGCACGAAUGCAGGCUGAACUUUUAUUUGCAUUGCGCGCGGUCAUGAAUUACAUGUUAUGA